UUCGACUGCUGAAUACAAAUUCACACAUAUGCGAUUCUUUCAUGGUUCUGUAUUCGUUUUCGGUGAAGUAGUGUCUUUAUUCUAGAAUUACUUGUGUGUAAAAUCAUAACCUAUAUUAACUUCAACAUGAGUGACGAAGAUGAAUUGCUUACAGAGAAUAAAGAUCGGGACCAGAUACGAGAGGAGCUGUCACAUAUGAGUUUUGAGGAUCUUCAGAAGUUAAAAGAGAGAUUAGGAUCUAAGAUAUACAAUGAGACAUUAUUUGGAAAGAAAAAGGAGGUAAAAAGAGAAUUUAAGCGGAAAAAUAAGAAUAGACCACGUGAGAUGUCUGCUAAGAUACCAGUACCUAAAUUAAGAGAGGUAGUCAAAAUAAAAAAAGUCUUAAACCGAGAUCCUAGAUUUGACAGCUUAUGUGGUACAUUCGAUGAGAAGGUCUUUAAACGCUCCUACGGGUUUCUUAGCGAACUCCGUGAGAAUGAUCUUAAUGCUUUAAAAAAAAAGCUAAAACAAACCACAGAUCCAAAAAUUCUAAAGAAAAUAAAGUAUCUCAUUCAAAGGCUUGAAAAUCAAUUAAGAGAGGAAAAAAGACUGAAAGAGAAAGAAGAAAAGAAACAACAUGAAAAGAAGGAGGUGUUAGCAUCUAUCAAGCGAGGAGAGAAACCUGUUUUCAAAAAGAAAUCGGAGAAAAAAGUUCUGGACCUUGUCUCACAGUAUGAAGAAUUGAAGGAAUCAGGUAAACUAAAGAAACACAUUAAGAGACUGCGGAAGAAGAAUAUACGCAAGGACCGAGCAAAAUUGAAUAUGGACGAAGUGGAAUAAAAUAGAUGUGUAUAUAUGUAUGUACAUAUAUAUAUAUAUAUAUAUGUACAAGUAUGUAAGCAGAAUUAUGCGUGAAGACGAAUGUACGUUACAAGAUUUUGUUAAAUGUAAUUAAAAAUAUUAGUUACUGCUAA